UGACAUCUGUCAAAUUUUUAAGGUUAUGUCGUGCGCGAAUUACAAAAACAACACUACCAGUAUUUCCAAACAAACUAACGCACACAAACCAUGUAAAAACAUUAUUAAAAUGAACAAAUCCUAAUCAAUAAAUAGUUAAUAAAUAAAUAUCUAUUACUAUUACUAUGCCGUUCGGUAUAAAAUCCAUUUGCGUCCAAUGCGACAAAUCCGAGAGCAUCUUUUGGCACAACAUAGAAUGCGGAAAACUUUGCAACGAAUGCCACGAAAAUGGAAACAAUAUUAAAACGGAGUCUUCGGCAGAAGACAAUGGCGGUGGUGGUAAUAGUAAUGGUAAUGGUGAUGGUCAGUCGAAGGCAGGAACUGAUAGUGAAUCGAGGAGUGCUAGGAAGACUACAAGGGCUGCUCGAUACAAGAACAGGUUGAAUAACAUUGCUUUGAAACAGUCUACGAAAGGAAAGGGUAGACGGUUCAUAUUGAAGGGGAAGCCGAUGAAGGCUCCUUCUUCGGUUGCCACUGUCGUUACGAGUGAUUUUCUUUAUUAUAAGGGAAGCUACUACCAAGUAGGCGACAUAGUGUCCCUCCGAGACAUCGACGGAGACUACUACUACGCCCAAAUCCGCGGCCUGAUGAUGGACCAGUACUGCGAAAAAUCUGCAGUCAUCACAUGGUUAUUACCGACUCAAGCGAGUCCGCCGCCCGAAGAGGGAUUCGAUCCCGCCACCUACAUACUAGGUCCCGAGGAAGAUCUACCGCGAAAACUGAGUUGCAUGGAGUUUAUUGUGCACGCACCAUCGGACUACUACAAGGCAAACACUCCUUAUCCUGGUGUGGAUAAUGGUAAGGCUGAUCAUUAUAGGAACAAGGAAUUUAUCUGGACGUCCCUGGGACGAUAUGAAAGGACAAAGACGAGCAGCGGCGAUAUAAUUGAUGUAGAUGAUGAAUAAAAUAAAUGACAACGCUUUUUGUAAUGAUUUUUUUUUAAA